CCUCGCGUCACACGAACGCGAGUUCCACGCGAAGAAAGCUCGGGGUGCGCGAGACAGGAGCGAGCGGGAGGCGCGCGAGGCAGGGCGGGACGGAUCGCGGCGGUGUAGGAUGUGAAAGCUCGGUUCCGCUCAGAAACCCGCUCAGCAAACCCAAACCUCAGCCCGGAGCAGCGCGAGACGAGCUCAAACCGAACCCGCGCGGACAGGAAUGGACAUAAAGGACCAGAGCGCGCAGAUGGAGCCUCUGCUUCCGCCGGUACAGAGCACCGUGAGCAGUGAAGGGAGGAAUGAUGAGGAGGCGGUGCUGGACAGAGGUGGGACUCGCUCCAUGCUCAAUACUAACUUUGAAAAGGAGGAGCUGGAAGGUCAUCGUACUCUGUACAUCGGGGUUCACGUCCCUCUGGGCCGGAGAUCACACAGACGCCACCGCCAUCAUGGACACCGUCACCGUAAACGCUCCAGAGAACGAGACUCGGGGACUGAGGACGGCCGAGAGUCUCCGUCCUUCAUGGACACGCCCUCUCAGAGGGUGCAGUUCCUGUUGGGGAUGGAGGACGAGGAUGAAGAGCACAUUCCUCACGCGCUCUUCACUGAACUGGAUGAGAUCUGUCUGAGAGAGGGAGAGGAUGCAGAGUGGAAGGAGACUGCUCGGUGGCUGAAGUUUGAGGAGGAUGUGGAGGAUGGAGGCGAGAGGUGGAGUAAGCCGUAUGUAGCGACGCUCUCUCUGCACAGCCUGUUCGAGCUCCGGAGCUGCAUCCUCAACGGCAUCGUCAUGCUGGAUAUGAGAGCUAACUCGCUGGAGGAGAUCGCAGACAUGGUCCUGGACCAGCAGGAGACGUCCAUCGCUCUGGGAGAAGAGGUUCGUAAGAAGAUCCGUAACGCUCUUCUUAAACAGCACCACCAUCAGAACCAGAAGAAACUGGCCAAUCGCAUCCCCAUCGUCCGCUCCUUCGCCGACAUCGGGAAGAAGCAGUCUGAGCCACACUCCAUGGAUAAGAAUGGUCAGAUGGUGUCUCCUCAGUCUCAACCCCCUUGUACCGAAUCCCGGAGUGACGGCAGUCGGGAGAACAGUGCGGUGGACUUCAGUAAGAUAGAUCUGCAUUUCAUGAAGAAGAUCCCGCCGGGAGCAGAGGCCUCCAACAUACUGGUUGGUGAACUGGAGUUCUUAGAAAAGCCGGUGGUGGCGUUCGUGCGUCUCUCUCCUGCUGUGCUGCUCAACGGCCUGGCUGAGGUUCCCAUCACCACCAGGUUUCUGUUUAUCCUGCUGGGGCCGAUGGGAAAAGGGCCACAGUACCACGAGAUCGGACGCUCCAUCGCUACGAUAAUGACGGAUGAGGUGUUCCAUGACGUGGCGUAUAAAGCGAAGGACCGGAGUGAUCUGGUCGCCGGUAUUGAUGAGUUUUUGGACCAGGUGACGGUUCUCCCACCAGGAGAGUGGGACCCAACCAUCAGAAUAGAACCGCCCAAGAACGUGCCAUCUCAGGAGAAAAGAAAAAUUCCUCCUUUACCGAACGGAGUGACGGAUUUAGGAGAGGAAGGAGAACACGGAGGCCAUGGAGGUCCUGAAUUACAGCGCACAGGAAAGUUUUUUGGAGGGUUUUUUAUGGAUAUAAAGCGAAAAGCUCCGCAUUACCUGUCUGAUUAUACCGACGCCAUCAGUCUGCAGUGUUUAGCCUCCUUCCUCUUCCUGUACUGCGCCUGCAUGUCCCCCGUCAUCACCUUCGGAGGCCUGCUGGGAGAAGCUACAGAGGGGCGAAUAAGUGCUAUAGAGUCUCUGUUUGGUGCCUCUAUGACGGGUAUAGCAUACUCCCUGUUUGCUGGGCAGCCUCUCACCAUCCUGGGGAGCACAGGGCCGGUCCUGGUAUUCGAGAAGAUCCUCUUCAAAUUCUGCAAGGAAUAUGGUCUGUCCUACCUCUCACUGCGAGUGUGUAUCGGGCUGUGGACGGCGUUCUUCUGUCUGCUGUUGGUCGCUACAGACGCCAGUUCACUGGUGUGUUACAUCACGCGGUUCACAGAGGAAGCCUUCGCCUCGCUCAUCUGCAUCAUCUUCAUCUACGAGGCUCUGGAGAAGCUGGUGCAUUUAGGAGAGCACUACCCCUUUAACAUGCACGGUGACCUCAACAAGCUCACGCAGUACUCCUGUGUUUGCACAGAGCCCAAAGACCCCAGUAACGCCACUCUGCGCUACUGGCAGGAGAAGAACAUCACCACCUCUGAGGUGGACUGGCUCGGCCUGGAUGUGAAGGGCUGUAUGAUGUACAGGGGAGAGUUCCAGGGCAGCGCCUGUGGUCAUCACGGCCCGUAUAUCCCAGAUGUGCUGUUCUGGUCCGUCAUCCUGUUCUUCGCCACCGUCGCCAUGUCCUCCUUCCUCAAAGAGUUCAAGACCAGCCGUUACUUCCCCACUAAAGUGAGGCAGAUCAUCAGUGACUUUGCAGUUUUUAUCACCAUCGUCACCAUGGUGGGAAUUGACUUUGCACUGGGAGUUCCAUCCCCCAAACUGCAGGUUCCCAAUGAGUUUAAACCAACCAGAGAUGAUCGAGGCUGGAUCAUAAGCCCUCUGGGACCAAACCCGUGGUGGACAACCAUCAUCACCUCCAUCCCAGCACUGCUCUGCACCAUCCUCAUCUUCAUGGACCAGCAGAUCACUGCCGUCAUCAUCAACAGGAAGGAGCACAAAUUAAAGAAAGGCUGUGGGUACCAUCUGGACCUGUUUGUGGUGGGCGUGAUGCUGGGCGUGUGCUCGGUGAUGGGUCUGCCGUGGUUCGUAGCUGCUACUGUUCUGUCCAUCUCGCACGUGAACAGCCUAAAGCUGGAGUCCGAGUGCUCCGCCCCUGGAGAACAGCCUAAGUUUCUGGGCAUCAGGGAGCAGCGCUUCACCGGCCUCAUGAUCUUCCUGCUCAUGGGCUGCUCUGUCUUCAUGACCUCAGUCUUAAAGUUCAUUCCGAUGCCUGUGCUGUAUGGAGUUUUCUUGUAUAUGGGAGCAUCCUCCCUAAGGGGAAUACAGUUCUUUGAUCGUCUGAAGUUGUUUGGGAUGCCAGCGAAACACCAGCCAGACUUCAUCUACCUGAGACACGUUCCUCUGAGGAAGGUUCACCUGUUCACCAUCGUCCAGCUCAGCUGCCUGGCUAUGCUGUGGAUCAUCAAAACCUCCAGAGCUGCCAUCGUUUUCCCCAUGAUGGUGUUAGCACUGGUGUUUAUUCGUAAGCUGCUGGACUUCUUCUUCACUAAGAGGGAGCUGAGUUGGCUGGAUGAUCUGAUGCCCGAGAGCAAGAAGAAGAAGUUGGAAGAUGCUCAGCAGGAGGAGAAUCAGAGUGUGAUGGUGGAGGACGAGGGGAUUGUGCAGGUUCCACUUGAAGGACAUUACAAGGAUGACCCCUCAUCAGUCAACAUCUCAGAUGAAAUGACCAAGACCUCUUUCGGAAACGUCUGGAAAAGUCUCAAUACAGAUAACGGAAAAAAAGAUCAAAGCGGAAAAAGCUCUCCGGCGGACGACACCAGGAGACCUGAGCCCCCGGCGGAGCUGCCGGACCGGGACCUGGACCGGGAAACCAGUUUGUGACGUUUCUUUGCGUGGUGUUGUUUAUAAAAUACAAUAUAAGAUUACUGUGCCACUGAAUCCGAUUAUAGCACCCCCCCACACACACACACACGCCUUCCCCUCCCUCCCGUCUCACUGUACGUCUCUUACGUUGACGUGUGCCAGUCUGCGCCCGGGCACUACCAAACAUUACCAGUCUUUUUUAAUGUAUGUUGGGAAUGUUUGGACUGUGUGUUUGUGUUGUGUGUUUGUUAUCUUUUUUCAGUCUGAUGACCUGAUCCUGGUUCACCUUUAGGAAUUUUUUAAGCUAAUUUUGUUUUUAAAUAGUUGUAUUUUGUAUGUUUUGUAUUUUUUGACAGUAGAUAUCCUUUUCAAAAACCCUUCAAAAUAUACAAACUGAUCUAUAACAGUAUUUACUGACUUUUCAUUCAGACCAUGAAAACCUAGGAUAAGGAUUACUUAUGUAAUAAACUAAAUGUAUAACUAUUAUUAUUAUUAUUAUUAUUAUUAUUAUUAUUAUUAUUGUUAAUGUAGUUUGAAAAAAGUUGAAAGAAAGGUGACAAAAUAUGAAUAUAUUUUUUUCUAAUUUAAAUUACAUUUAUGUGUCUAUAUCGAGUUCAUAACUGCUCAUAACUGUGUCUUUCUGUGUGAAUAUGAUAAAACAUGAAACAGUGAAAUGAAGAGUAUUUUAUUCACCACUAUAGUGUUUUUUAUAUGAGAUUCAUGAUUUUAAACACUAAAGGUCAAAAUUUCAGGUGUUUUAAAAAUAGUUUUGAACACUGGAUGUUGCAGCUGAUGCCACAUUAAUAAGCGAAUACUGCCAAAACCUUCUGUAUAUUAAUAUUAUAUAAAACCACAGUAUUUAUGUUCUGUUCGCACCGGUACACGUUUACGUCCGGCCAAUCCGACCGAUCACAUCACGCCACAACUGUGCACACAGGACCAGAGAUGCAAUAAUCUUUUUCAUAAGAGGGCAUUAUUAUAUAUCAUUAAUAACUAGAGAUUAAAGUCUAUCAUCUGUACAUGCAAUGCUGUAUUCUGUUUGUAUUUGUAAGAUGUGUAAUAUGUAAUAAUAAAGUGUGUAUUUAAUGUAUAGAUAGGAAUAAAAUAGAGAGAGUGAGAUACGGUGUGAAUGUUUUUUGAUGUUGACACAUUUUAACGUCUUACUUGUCGUUUCCUUUAUUCCCAUAUUUUUUUUUUAUUUUUUUUUUUAUAAUUCACUUCUAAAGCUAAACCACUGCAAAACAGGAGGAGGGGAUUUAUUCAGUGAUUUCUACUGAUGAUGUAACAGAUUUAUUCAUUAAAGAUGUAUCUUUAUGUAUCGUUACAACUGUGAUCUAUUUUCAACAAAUUAAAUGUGAAAUGAAAUUAA